AUGUGGAUAUCUCUUUUGCGUCAUUCAACCCUCUCCAGACACGUGCGACUAUUAAAUGGGCAACGUGACUACCUCGGAAUAAGACAUUUCUGUACUCCCAACGAGCCGACUGACCCUCUGGAACAAAUAAAGGAAGAAAAUAGCAAACUGAAGGAAUCACUGGAGGAACUGAAGGUUGGUCACCCCCUCCAAUGGCAGGACAAGUACAUCCGCUCUCUCGCAGAACAGGAAAACAUGCGAAAACGACUUGUCAAACAAAUCGAAGAGUCCAAAAUAUUUGCCAUACAAAAAUUUUCUCAUGACCUCCUGGAAGUGACCGACGUCCUCCAAAAGGCCCUCCUUUCUGUCCCACAGUCCUCCCUGCCCGACAACCUUCACUUGAAGAACCUUUUUGAGGGACUAGAAAUGUCCAGUGAACAAUUCAAGCACAUUCUUUCCCGCCAUGGAGUGGUUUCCAUGGAUACUGCUGUUGGGGAUAAGUUCGAUCCCUCCCUCCACUUUGCCCAGUACCAGGUGCCUAUUACUGAGGACCAGGAGGACGGGACUGUGGCUGAGGUGGCCAAGGUUGGCUAUUUGCUCCACUCUCGCACUCUACGACCUGCCGUUGUUGGAGUGUUCAAAAAUAUUUGAUAUCUAAC